GGAGGGGGCAGGGCCUCACCUGUCUCCACCUGCAAAGACUGGAGACCACUGCUCUAAACCGCACUGACUGUAUGAACAGAACCGAAGAGGACUGAUGUUGACUCAAAUUUACUUGAGUGGAUUUAUCUGACCUGGAUUUGGUUGGUUUCUUGUGGAUUACCUUCACAUUUCAAAAUCCACCUGAAGCAGGAAGUGAGUGGAGCUAACAUGGGCAGUAAGGAGCAAUAUCAUUGGCUGGCUCAUGACGUCAAGGUGAGCGGCGUGGAUGACAUGGUGCUCUUGUCCAAAAUCAGUGAAGAUGCCAUCACGGACAACCUGAAGAAGAGAUACAUGGAUGACUACAUUUUUACCUACAUUGGACCCGUUCUGAUCUCAGUCAACCCAUUUAAACAGCUUCCGUAUUUCACUGAGAGAGAAGUGGAACUCUACCAGGGAGCGGCCCAGUAUGAGAACCCGCCUCACAUCUAUGCUCUGGCUGACAACGUGUACCGCAACAUGAUGAUUGACAGCGAGAACCAGUGUGUCAUCAUCAGUGGAGAGAGCGGUGCCGGGAAAACUGUGGCCGCCAAAUACAUCAUGAGCUACGUGUCCAAGGUGUCUGGGGGCGGAGCUAAGGUGCAGCAUGUCAAGGACAUCAUCUUGCAGUCCAACCCCCUGCUGGAGGCCUUUGGGAACGCCAAGACAGUCCGGAACAACAAUUCCAGCCGCUUCGGCAAAUACUUUGAGAUCCAGUUCAGUCGAGGAGGAGCUCCUGAUGGAGGGAAGAUCUCCAACUUCCUGCUGGAGAAGAGCCGAGUGGUUUCCCAAAAUGCGGGAGAGAGGAACUUCCAUAUCUACUACCAGCUGCUGGAGGGAACGAGCGGGGAGCAGAGGCAGAACCUUGGAGUCACGACUCCUGACUACUACAACUACCUCAACCAAUCAGGAACGUUCACGGUGGAAGACGUCCAAGACAACAAGGAAUUUUCUGACACCUUGAGUGCCAUGUCCGUGGUAGGUCUGUCCAUGGAAGACCAGGAUUCGGUCCUUCAGCUGGUUGCAGCAAUUCUCCACUUGGGUAACAUCAGCUUCCGAGAAGAGAACAACUUUGCUGUAGUCGAGAGUGCUGACUUUUUGGCCUUCCCGUCCUUCCUGCUUGGGAUCCCUCAGGACUCUCUGUGCAGCAAACUGACCAGCAGGAAUAUGGACAGCAAGUGGGGUGGAAAGACCGAGUCCAUCUCGGUCACCCUGAACACAGAGCAGGCGUGCUUUACCCGGGACGCCCUGUCUAAAGCGCUCUACAGCCGCCUCUUUGACUUCCUAGUUGACUGUGUCAACAGAGCCAUGCAGAAGGACCAGGAGGAGCUCAACAUCGGAGUUCUGGAUAUCUAUGGUUUUGAGAUCUUCCAGAAAAACGGUUUCGAGCAGUUCUGCAUUAACUUUGUCAAUGAGAAGCUGCAGCAAAUAUUCAUCGAACUCACGCUGAAGGCAGAGCAGGAGGAGUAUGUUCAGGAGGGAAUCAAAUGGUCGCCCAUCGAGUAUUUCAACAACAAAGUUGUGUGUGACCUCAUUGAGUCCAAACUGAAUCCUCCUGGCAUCAUGAGCAUCUUGGAUGACGUAUGCGCAACAAUGCAUGCUAAGGGUGACGGAGCGGACCAGACACUGCUGCAGAAGCUGCAGGGUCAAGUUGGAUCACAUGACCACUUCAGUAGCUGGAACAGAGGAUUUGUCAUCCACCACUACGCUGGCAAGGUGUCAUACGAUGUCAGUGGCUUCUGCGAGAGGAACAGAGACGUGUUGUUCAAUGACAUCAUCGAACUGAUGCAAGGCAGCGAAUUUCCAUUCAUCCGAGCGCUGUUCCCCGAAAACUUGGAAGCCGAGAAGCGAGGACGUCCCAGUACGGCCAGCAGCAAGAUCAAGAAACAAGCCAACACUCUAGUCCAGACGUUGAUGAAGUGUACACCUCACUACAUCCGCUGCAUCAAACCCAAUGAGACAAAACGUCCUCGCGACUGGGAGGAGAACCGAGUCCGACACCAGGUGGAAUACCUGGGCCUCCGUGAGAACAUUCGGGUCCGCCGAGCAGGAUACGCAUACCGCCGUGUUUUCAACAAGUUCCUGCAGAGGUACGCCAUCCUCACCAAGGAGACCUGGCCUACCUGGAAAGGUGAGGAGCGUCAGGGUGUCCUUCACCUCCUCAACUCUGUCAACAUGGACCAGGACCAGUUCCAGCUGGGAAAGACAAAAGUCUUCAUCAAAGCUCCAGAGUCGCUCUUCCUGUUGGAGGAGAUGAGGGAGAGGAAGUACAACGGGUACGCCCGAGUGAUCCAGAAGGCGUGGCGUAAACAUAUUGCCGUCCGCAAGUACGUCAAGAUGAGGGAGGAAGCAUCUGACAUUCUGCUGAACAAGAAGGAACGCCGUAAGAACAGCCUGAACAGGAACUUUGUGGGCGACUAUAUCGGCACCGACAGCCACCCAGAGAUCCGUCAGUUUGUUGGCCGCAGAGAGAGGAUUGACUUUGCCGAUGUGGUGGUCAAAUUUGAUCGCAGGUUCCGGACGGUCAAGCGCGACCUCAUCCUGUCCCCCAAGUUCUUGUACCUGAUUGGUCGAGAGAAGGUGAAGCAGGGACCAGACAAAGGUCAAAUCCGAGAGGUUCUCAAGAGGAAGAUGGAACUCAACAGUAUCCAGUCAGUUUCAUUGAGCACCCUGCAAGAUGACAUCUUCAUCAUCCACGAAGAGGAGUAUGACAGCGUUCUCCAAAGUGUCUUCAAGACCGAAUUCCUUAGUCUGCUCAUCAAACGGCAUCACGAGAAAACUCAGAGGAAUCUUCCGCUCAAGUUCAACAACCUUCUGGAGUUUAAAGUGAAAAAGGGAGGCUGGGGUCCAUUCAGCUCGUCAGGGUCCAGACAGAUCCAGUUCCAAGUUGGACAGGGGGAUGAGGCAGUCCUGAAACCCAGUGGGAAAGUUCUGCAUGUCUCCAUUGGACCGGGUCUGCCCAAAAACUCACGACCCACCAGGAGGGACAACCGCAAGAGUCUCUGUAGGGACACCCGGGCUCCACCCACCAACCACAACAAUUUGGGGCUUCGCCACAUGGGCUCUGUGACCCACCAAGGAGGUUCCUCCAGAGGCUCAUUACUGAGGCAGCAGUCCAGCAUGGAGCAACCAAGUUUGCCUCGUCUCCAAACCCAGCAUCGGCCUGACAACAAGGGCUCUCCGCAUAUGGACAUGGGCUUCAUGAAUGUCCCAGACCAGGGCGCUGCAGGGCUGCAGCGGCGGCGUUCCAAGGAGGUGAAGCCAGUCCCUGGCGCCGGUAGACCCAAACCGGCUCCCAAACCAAAGCCUCGUUCCCCACAGUGCCGUGCUCUGUAUGCCUAUGAUGCACAGGACACGGAUGAGCUCAGUUUCAAUGCUGAUGAUAUCAUCGAGAUACUGACGGAAGAUCCGUCUGGCUGGUGGUUUGGACGCCUGCGUGGCAGAGAGGGAAUGUUCCCUGGAAACUAUGUAGAGAAGAUCUAGACCUAGACUGCAGCUAAGGUCAGAAGUCAUCUGUCAUUAACUUACAUUUUUUACUAUAAGUCAGCCAUCAUCCCCAAGCGUAAGAGGUCUAAGUGCAACCAUCUGAAUGUGAAGCAGUGCGGUGAUGUCAGCCAUAUUGUAUUGCCAUGGAAACCAAACUGGGAGGCAAUUGACAUGAACGCUGAAACUAUGACAGCCACAUUAGUGUUCAUGAGUGUUGUUUGUUAAUUUUGACCAUCCUUUAAUUUUAAAUGUGACUGAAAAUGUCAAAACAAAUUCACCUCUAUGUAAUAAACUCAUGUUCAUG